AUGUCCGAAAAUGUCUGCAGAAAGAAGAUAGCAAUCAUCGGGGCCGGGGCGGCAGGCAUGUCAUGUGCCGCACAACUAGCAAAUCACCCAGACAGGUUUGAGAUAACCAUGUUUGACACCGACUCUCAUACAGGAGGCCAAGCAACGUCCAUCUCUCUAGAUGAGUCCAAGUACGGCGCAAGCUGGUUAAACGACGGUGUGCAAGGGGGCUCGGCCAUUUUCCGUCAUACAUUCCGCUUCUUCCGCCAGUACGGCUAUGAGCCUCAGCCCGUUCAACUUCAAGUUUCUUUCGGCAAAGGACCAGAGAGCUUCUGGACUAACGUGUUUCCCAGCCCCCUUGUUGACCAUCAUUCGCGCGAAAUUAAGAAGCUAGGCCGGGUUCUGAAAUGCAUCAAAUAUAUGAUGCCGGUCUUGGGGAUCAUGCCCGUCAAGGUGAUUUUACGCCUUUUCGGAUUCAGUCGCGACUUCAGCAAUAAGAUGGUUUUGCCGCUGCUGGCAUUGUUCCUUGGGACCGGAAAUCAGACUCCAAACGUGUCUAGUGUGCUAUUGGAACGGUUAUUUGACGAUCCGCAAAUGAAGUUGUGGGAAUAUGAUCCUGAUACACUGUUGCCAAACCUACCGGUGAUGUACACAUUUCCGAAGCUGGGAGACUUUUACAAAGAUUGGGCUUCGGAUCUCCGAUCUAAGGGGGUUUCAAUUCAAUUGAACUCUUCUGUGGCGAUCUUGGAGCGCAACAAAGACGCCAUUGUACUACAGAUUCAGACAAAAACUAAUAAUGGUGACUCGCUCUCUGAAGCGACACGAGCUGUCUACGAUGAUUUGGUUUUCUGUUGUCCAGCCGACGAGGCAAAGAAACUUCUAGGUCAACAGGCUACAUGGCGAGAGAGAUGGGUUCUCGGUGGGGUGAAAUUCUUCAACGACAUUACCAUCACUCAUUCCGACUCCGAUUAUUUUCAAAAUAUUUUUGAGGCGCAAUAUGAUCCAAAUCUGUGUGCCCAGCCCACAACAGAUGAACGGAGAAAUCAGAUCGCAUUUGCCAAGCAAGAGCCUGUGUGUCAAAAGGACGGUUGGCAAGGUUAUCGGCCAAUGUAUUAUACGCACUCAUUUGCAUCUGCUCCGGACAAAAUUGAGAUGGGAUUCGACUGCACAAACUAUCAGCAUCAAUUUCGUGAUACUUUAGGUGCUGGCAGUCCUCCCCGGCCACUGGAUCAGCAUGUUUUCCAGACCAUCUUUUUGAACGAUCAACAAAAGGAUUUGUGGACCUGGAAUGAUAUCGAUCCGUCGAAGAUCAUCGGGCGCAAAUGGUGGCAUCAGUUCGGCCAUCGAUGGCAACAUUAUCUGCGUGUUGUUCCGGGGAUGAUGUUCAUCAAUGGCAAGAAUCGAACCCAUUAUGCUGGUAGCUGGACUAUGGUUAAUAUGCACGAGAUUGCUUGUAUCUCUGGAAUUGCAGCUGCCCAUCAGUUGGGAGCCCCUUAUGAGCCAUUUGAUGACUUUGCCGAGGAUUUCUUUGCAAAAUAUUUACUGGUCUGCCAUGGAACGCGUUACAAGAGAUCAAAGGCAAAGCAAACUUAA